UGAUGUACUCGGAACUUUGUUUUCCGAGCUGAUGCAAGCUUCGGAGUCAUUAGGAAGAAGGACCGGAUUAGCCGAUGCUAACGGAUGCUAAGGUCCUUCGAAGCGGAUAAGAACCUAUCCUAACCUCCUUUUUUUCACAGUCUGAUCUGUAUUGAGUCCGUAUGCUGUCUCGCAAACAGAAGCGGGUGUGGAAAUACGUGGAGGAGGGCGGUCUGCUGAAGCUGAAGUCGUACCUGCGGAAGCACCGAGACCUGGAUGUGAACUUCCACCAGGGCAAGAGGCAGAGGAGCCCGCUGCACCUAUCCUGCAGCCUGGGAGACGACGCUGUGCUGCGGCUGCUGCUGAAACACGGAGCCGAUGUUCUCCAGAAGGACCGCAAAGGAGACACGGCGUUACACAUCGCAGUCAACAGGGCUCUUAAACACGGGAAAACAGCGUAUGGUGACCUGGUUGAGCCGUUGAUAAAGAGCUGUCCAGAAGCUUUGAACACUCCCAACAGCGCGGGAGUCACACCGCAAGACCUGCUGAACUGGAGGAAACAUAAAAAGAGUGCAGAAAACAUGAGCAGUCCAUCUGAAAGAGACCCUGAGAAGGAGUGGCAGGAAAAGCUGUUUGGUGAAUGUGAGGAUGAAUUCUGUGACACCUUUGGAGUAUAUGACGCCGAUGACUUUCUUCCUGUCGAUGAUGACGAGGAAGACUUUGGGGACUGGGCCGACCGUAUUAGAAAUGACUAUUUCAAUAAAAAGCAUGCUGAAGCUCAAAGGCUGGCGGCGUCGUCUUCUGGAUGGAAAAAAGGGAAGAGUAAACAAGAGAGAGAGCAGGACGAGAAAAGCAACAAGGAGCUGCAUAAGAGGCUGCAGAGGGAACACGAAGAGUAUCUGGCACGAGCAGCACGUAAAGAGGAAGAGACUCGGCAGGGUAGGAAGCGCAGGUACGACGAAAGAUGUGCAGCUACUUUUGAUGGUGGCUCUUCAUCUGGUGGCACAAAGCUGAGCUACAGCGACAUCCCCUGGCCUGCUCCACGAGGUACAGUACUGGAGAUGCUGGAUGUGAUGCUGCACGGCGUGGACAGAAAGGACGUGCCGGUGUUCCGUAAAAUGCUCCGGAAGCAGCAAGCGCUGUGGCACCCUGAUAAAUUUGCUCAGCGCUGUGAAGCUCGGUUAGAGGAGAAGGACAAGAAACGGAUCCUGGAUACAGUUACAGCUCUGUCGCAGGAGCUCAACAGACUAGCCCAGAGUCUGAGGACUUAAAAUCUGCUUUUCUAGAAAACUCUGUGAACAAACUGAAGUAUAUACUAUCCAAAAUGAGUUCCAUUAAUGCAUAAGAAUAACAACUUCCAGCACACUGUUUAACAAGAAGUUCAUCAGGUGAAACUCCUACAGACAAAUAGCACCAGUACGUAAAUACAGUACGUAGCACAACCUGAGGAACCCUCUUGGCAUUUGUGCACAAUAAGGAGAAGAUUUUAGGUUACACACACACACACACACACACAUACCUGGAAGCUGCCCAGUACAAUGUCUGACCUGUGAGCAUGUUGAGGGUAACUGGCCUUGCACAAGAACAACAGGGGUGGUAAUAAUGUUGAGAUCUCUGUUGAUUCUUGGGAUUGAACGGGCGACCUUGCUGUUACAAGCUUUCUUCUGUAAUGUUUAGGGCCACCACUGCCUUUGAAAUAGACCCCCACCGUGCUCCUGAUGUGUUUUUGUUUGGGGAAAGAAUGUUAGUCACUUGAGACAAAAGCCUCUGCUUCUAUUGUAAAUAUUUGCAACUAACAUUUUCCUGAAAUGUGAGCGUGUACUUGCAGGAUUGAAACAGCAGAGAUGGUACACACAGAGAAGUUCUGUACUGGAUUGAACACUCUGUAUAAACAUGCUUCUGUUAAAUUCCUGAUUUGAAGAAAUUAAAAUUAACAUAAAGAAUCCUCUAACCUUGAGUAACAUUUGUGUUGAGUCACUUAGGCCUACUACUGGUAUUGCUACUCCUAAAGCACGUAAGUCUCAAAUAAAUGC